CGGACAUUUUUAAAAUAAUUGUUGAUUACCGGAAAGAAAAUGAGACAGAAAUUAAAAAAUCGGUUGCUUCUCUAGGGAAAAGAGAUGAGGAAAAUAUUAACAUAGAUGGUGGUGGCGAACUGCAAAUUGUUAUUAAUCGCAAAGAUUUAGAAAGAUACAGCACUAGUUAUUAUGACGGAAGAGGAAUGAGGAUAAGUUGCUUUUGGAUUAACAGUGGCGAAAAAGGAAGCGCUUCCGCCUAUGACGAUUACCAAAUAGGUUUCACUCCCACUCCUGGCUCUAAUUCAGAUUUACCAGAUAGAGAAGUUUAUUUUCCAAAAAGAAAUAAUGACAAAUCUCCGAUCUUGCCACAACCAAGUCCAAAAAAUAAUCAAUUAACUGACACUGAAAAACAACAAAUCCUUCAAUAUUUUCUCCAAAAUGGUAUUCAGAAAAUUACGAUUGAAAAUGGAAAAUUAAUAAUCACGCAUAAUAAUAAUAAUACAAUUGUAACUGACGAGGACUCCGAACAACAAAAAUAUCACCAAAUACUUGAAAAAUUACCCACUCAAACUCUAUCUUUAAGUGAAUUACAAAAUAAUAAUACUAAUUCAAAUUCUAAUAAAGACGAUAAAAAUUUCUAUAAAGGUCUAGUCGUUGGGGCUGUUGUUUCUAUUCAUCGAGAAAGCGAACAAUUACAAAAAACUACUAUCCCUUCGCUUCAAAAAAUUACUCAUUUCACUCCCCAUUUAGACUUGGGAAAUUAUGUGGUAUUGAUUAACGCCCGUCAUAUUUCCUUUACGGGCAACAAAUUAGACAAUAAAAAUUAUUACAAUCAUUCUGGAUAUUCGGGGGGCUUGCGAACCCGUAGCACCCGCUCAAUGUUGGAAAAAUAUCCUACUGAAUUAGUUUUUAGGAUUAUUAGAGGCAUGAUGCCUCACAAUAAAUUAGGAGAUAAACAAGCAACUAGAUUAUUCAUUUUUGCUGAUGAAGAAAUGCUAAACAGAAACAAACAAAAAAUAUUACAAGCGCAAGAGAAAAACUUCAUUAAAAUCGAUUUGGAAUUAAAAAAAUAA